AUUAUUGUCAAGACUGAGAUGUUAUUGAUGGAUUUUCCUGUGGUAUAGAUGAGUUUUCCGCUCAUGAAAAGCUGAAUUUGAUCUUCUGCAUGAAAUAUGAUUGAUGAAUGAUUGGAUCGGUGCAUAUCUAGUUUGAUUUUCUUUUGUCUGAAUUCAUUUAGAUCUCCUAAAUUUCCACGAAACCAGAGAAAAUGGCUGUUACACAGGCAAGUGGAAAUUCCCAACCCAGCAAAUCAUGGGAAUUGAGUCUUUACGAGCUUCACCGCUCCCCGCAAGAAGCGAUCACCGAUGACACUGAGAUUGCAGUGUCCCCCCGGAGUCUGCACAGUGAGCUGAUGUGCCCCAUAUGUCUUGACAUGCUGAAGAAUACAUAUACCACCAAGGAAUGUUUACAUCGAUUCUGCCAGGAUUGUAUUAUUACAGCCCUAAGGAGUGGGAACAAGGAGUGCCCGACGUGUCGUAAGAAACUUGUCUCCAAGAGAUCUCUGCGGCCAGACCCAAAUUUCGACGCCCUCAUCUCAAAGAUCUAUCCCAGCAGAGAUGAAUACGAAGCUCAUCAGGAGAGGGUUUUGGCCAAGCUGAAUAAGAGACAUAAUGCUACUGCUCUGAGCUCUAGCAUCGAAGAAGGGCUCAAGGUCCAAGCACUGAACAGAGCUCAAAGAGUUCCACCAAAAAGGAAACCAGAAUUCAACCUUGCUGGUGGCGAGCUACCCCCAGAUGACUCCGCUCUUGACCCCGCCCAGUGCGGAGGUGGUGGUGAUGGCGACGGUGACCUGAACGGCGACCCUCAAGCACCAGCAGGCCCGGAGGGAUUAGCGCUGGCCCCCCCUCCCUCUGCACCCCUGACACCCCCGUCGGAAUCCCCUCAGGAGGAGAGGAGAUUAGUGAGAUCGCAUUCGGAGGAUUUAUCAUCUAGUCAAGGAUGCAAUUCAUUCCAAGAUCGGGAUUCUCUCCAGGCGAUGAAACGGGCUAGAACAUCAGAUGAUUCCAGUAGCUGUGGAGAUGUGGAGGGAGAGGGGGAAGGUAGUAUUGACUUACCAGACCCAUCUAAUGAGAUAGAGUUGGUUUUUAAGCCUCACCCAGAUGAAGUCAACCAUAUGUUUCCUUACAUGGUCAGAUACCUCAAGACAUCGGCCCUCGCUUCAAUAGAUCACCUAGCCAAGUACCUAUCCAUGAGGAUCGCUCUCGAACUAAGAGAUGCCGGUUCAAUGGAUAGUCAGAGUUCGUCCAAUCAGAACGAAGGAAACUGCGGAGAGUUCACGAUCUUCAUCAGUCCAUCACCAUGUCAAUUCCAGCCAUUGAAUGGUAACCUUACCCUCGAACAAGUCAACGAGAGACACUGGAAAGUGAAUCGGCCAUUGGAGAUGUACUUUCUCGGUAAGAAAUGAGAUGGGAUACCAGUCUUUGUUUAUAUGACAGCAAUUUAAUGGUAACCAAACCCUUGAUAAUGAGAGACACUGGAAAGUUAACAGGCCAUUGGAGAUGUACUUCCUCACUAUGAAGUGAGAUGGGAUACCAGUCUUUGUGUAUAUGACAGCUAUUGAAUGGUGACCAAACCUUGGAACAAGAUGGUGAUGGACACUUGUUUGUGCAUAAACCAAUGGAGAUGUACUUUCUCUCUGAGAAAUGAAAUGGGUUACCAGUCUUUGAUUAUAUGUCAGCUUGUGAAUGGUAACCAAACCCUUGCACAAGAUGGUGAAGGACACUUGUUAGUGCAUAAAACAUGGGAGAUGCAGAUCUUUAAAAAGUGAGAUGGGUUACCACUCUCUGUUUAGACAGGAAUAGAAUGGUUCCCAAACCCUUUAGCAAAGCAUUGACAGGUACUUGAUAAUGAUUAUGCCAUUGGAGAUGCACACCUGAGAUUUAUGACAUUCAACGUAUGAUUCCUCAGCCUGUCUACGAGUCCCAGGUACCCGUAUCCCGCCCGAAAGCUUCCUGGACGCAAACAAUUAGGCCCGAAUUCACAAAGGUGGUUUUGAAAACCCACGGUUGAAUCCAUGGUAUAUGCAGAUUUCCUGUAUAAAUUACGCUCAAUUUGGCGCGUAUCGGGCGUGUGUAUAAAAUUUCCAAUGCUGAUGCGCGCUGUUGUCACAUUGCGCCAAAUUGACGCCUGUUACCAUGGUUACAUACGCUAUUUUAUUCAUGAGUCCAUUGUUUAUAGAGUGAACUCAUUAAUUCAAAACAGUGGACUCAUGAAUAAAGUAGCGUGGAUAACCACGGCAACAGGCAUCAAUUUGGCGCACUGUGACAAAAGUGUGCAUCAGCAUUGGACAUUUUAUGAUAUAUGCGGUAAAAUAAUCGUAAUUCAUACAGGAAAUCUGCAUAAACCAUGGACUCAACCGUGGGUUUUCAAACCACCUUUGUGAAUUUGGGCCUUGAUGUUUUGACUUCCUGAAAUUAAGUGUACAGAGAGCUUGUAAUUGUAUGACGUUUGGUAGCACAUGUUUAUUUAUUUCUUCUUUCCCACGGUAUUGGCUCUCUAAUUUAAUCUUAUAUCAAUGAAAUUAAAUGAUGAAAGUGGGAUUGGAAUGUUGUACUUCUUUAGUUAUAUUUUCCGGGUUUUUCCGGGUCUUCCAUGAACGGGGGUCGCCAUGAUGAGUGCUUUUUUUCUGCAGCAAGCGCAAGUGAAAUCCGUACAGUCUAUCGUUAUAUGACUUCAUUAUAUUUCCGAUUUGCUUUGUGACUUUUACAUGAGAUAUGCAAAGCGCCCUCUGUGGCAACAUCUAAUGCAUGAUAUGGUGGCCUCCUUUGCGGAAAAUGUCUUAGACAUCGGUGAUUUUGAACAAGAAAGUGAGUAGUGCCAAAACUGUUAAACUGACGGACAUAUAUAGAAUGGAGGAGAGCAAAGCUAGAGACGGCACGCAGUCUGAUGACUUCAGACUAGUUCCCUUUUUUUUUCAUGAUAACCUACCAAGCCCAAAGCUUAUGGGAAUGAUAUUAUGAUAUGGUUUAUUUAGUCAGACUAUGCCUUGUGAAUAUGCAUGGGCAUACAAAUUUUAAGGAUUUAGCGUAAUUUCCGACGCAAUCCUUGAUGGGCUAUUUAUGAGUUCACUAUUAUAAGUAUGUGGAGCUGUUCCUAAAUAAAAACCACUAAUUUAUAAUAAGUUAAACCACUACACAUUUUGAAUUGGCCACACUAUUAAAAUGAAAAGAAAAAAUCACUGUUAAAAAUGCAAAUUGGCAAUGUAUUGUUAACAUUUUGCUAGUAUACAUUUUGACUGAUGAUAUAUUCAUAUUUAUUAUCUUAAAGCAAGGAAAUGAAUAGACAAAGUAAUGGCUGUCAGUUUGAAAAACGAAAGCGGUUUUAUCUUGACUCUAUGAAAGCUAUGUGGUUAUUUUAGCUCAAAACGUCUCCAUGACUUUUAUGUAUAUUUUGUUUUAUUUGUAAAAUAUUAGUGCAAUCCAACUUCAGUUGUAAGACAGAUUAGAUAAAUGGAUAACACAACAGGGGCCUGUCUUACAAAGAGUUACGAUUGAUCCAAUCAAUCGUAACUCUAUGGAAAUCCAUCAGUGUCAUAAAUUUUUCUACAGGAAAUUUGAAAAUGUCCUCUGUAAACAAAGGAGAACACACCAAAUUGUCAAGAAAUCAAUGAAUUUAUGGAUAUACUUUCAUAUCUAGAAUUUUUUUUAACAAACUUGCAUUUUAUAUGUUGAUUUUGCUGGCUUUUCAUAGUUGUGAUUGAUCGGAUCAAUCGCAAUUCUUUGAAAGACGGGGCCCUUGGGCCCCGUAUAACAAAGAGUUACGUUUGAUCCGAUCAAUCGCAACUAUAUGGAAAUCCAUCAAUGUUGUAAUAUUUUCUAAAGGAAAUUAAGUUCCGCAAUGUCCUUUGUAAACAAAGAGAAGCGCAGUGAAUUUUAAGAUGACAAUGAAUGAAUAUACAUCAUACAUGUAGCUAGAAAAUAUUUUGAACAAACAUGCAUAAUACCUGUUGACGUUGCAGGCCAUCCAUAGUUGCGAUUGAUCGGAUCAAUCGCAAAUCUUUGUAAGACGGGGCCUUGUUGUGGACCCUUUAACACUAAACUUAUCAUUGAACCAAUUUCUACAAUUGAUUGCAUUGGCGACAAUGUACAAUUGUGAAAUUGAUUGUAUGAUCAAUUGAAAAGUUUUGUUUUACAGUCCCCAGUACUUGAGAAUCAUGUCUCUUACAAAUGUUUAUUUCUAACAUCUGAGUGUAAUUGUAGAGUUGCUGUGGCUCAGUGGCAUUGAGGAAACACAUGAGGGCCACAUGACAGCACAAAUAGCCCCUAACACUCCCCCAAAAUGCCUGCUUUGGGGCGACCAUUCUUUCUAGAGUCGCCCCAAGAUCUGUCACAAAAACUAUGCAAGAUUAUUUAGAAAAUCAACAUUCUAACUAUGGCAGAAUAAUAUUUGCAUUUACUGCAUAAGUGCUUGUUGCCCGUAAAACGUAGCCCUGGAAAUGAAAGAAAUAGCCCCCAAAAUUUCACAAUCGCCCCCACUGUGGAAAAAAAAGAUAGCCCCUUAAAAAUAAAAAUUAUUUCCUACCUUGCUCAGUGGAUGCGUCUCCAGACUUUGAACAACAAGGUCUAGGGUUCAAAUCCCACCACAUCACUCUCAUCCUUUGGCAAGGCAUUUAUCUACAUUUGCCACUCUCCACCCAGGGCCCCGUCUUACAAAGAGUUAUGCUUGAUCCAAUCAACCACAACUAUGGACGGCCAGCAACAUCAACAUCUAAAAUGCAAAUUUGUUCCAAAUAUUUUCUAGAUAUGAUGUCUAUUCAUACAUUCAUCAUUCUCUUGAAGAUUCUCAUUGUUUACCAAGGAGAUUGAGCUGAUUUCCUGUCGAAAAAAUGAUGGUAUGGAUGGAUUUCCAUACAGUUGAGAUUUAUUGAAUCAAUUGUAACUCUUUGUAAGGCGGGGCCCAGGUGUAGGUCUAGGAAAUGGGUAUGUGGUAGGAAAGUUGUCGGUGUAAUAAAAUGCAGCUUUCAGAAACAUUGUAUUAAAUUGAAGAGCUAUAUAAAUGUGGCAUUUUAUUAUUAGAUCAUUUUUUAAACAAAUUUUCAAGAGAAAUAUGUUUCCAGGGGGAUGUUUCACAAAGAUAUAUGUAUGACUUAAAGUCGCACUUAAAUUCCUGGUUACGUGCACUAUAAAAGGCAAGACCGCAUUUGUCAGAUCAUGCCAAGAGAGAAUGUGCACUACUGUGUAGUGAUCAAUAAGAUUGCGCGUUGCAUAUCAUGUACGCGUCUGCAUUUUAGUGCUACUCAAAGUCAUACAAACACCCUCCCCCAUUUAAUAAGAAUUCAUGUACUAAUGAAGUGAAUAAAGUUACCCAAUGACGUAAUAAGUCUUUGUGCAGCUUAUUGCAUAAUAUCCCCCACGCCCCUCCCCUCCCUCUCUCGCCGUCCGAAGUGUACUUUUGGCAUUACUUCAUCUGUUUGACAUUGUACAUCUCUAAACUUUAUACUACUCUAUAUUGUGUGUAUAUACGUGUAUGUGUUUGUCUUCAAUUGUGUUUCAUAUCCAUGCUACUAUCACAUCUUUGCGUACCUGACUUGCAUAUUGCUGCACGUGGGGGUGUCUUGGUUUCGUGGUUAAGACUCGGGGGGGGGGGGGGUGGUGGACAAGGCACCCUCCCUCCCUGGAGGAUCCGCUCGUGGGUCUAGGUACGCAUAUGCAGCAGAAAAACCGAAGAUGUCAUUUUGGCAUCAUGAACAUUAAAAAUGCAGAAUUAUGGUUCAAUAAAUCGUAAUAUAUGCUUUGCAGGUAAAUCAAAUAUAAU